AUGCAUCGUAUUUUCCAUCGUGAUUUGAAACCACAAAAUUUAUUGAUUGAUGAAUAUGGAGAUUUGAAAUUAGCAGAUUUUGGAUUAGCAAGAGCUGUUGGUGUUCCUAUGAGACCGUGUACUCAUGAGGUUGUUACGCUUUGGUAUAGAGCUCCUGAAAUCUUAUUCGGUUCUCGAAGUUAUUCUUUCGCUAUUGAUAUGUGGAGUAUUGGAUGUAUUUUCGCAGAAAUGUCACUUCGAAAGCCAAUGUUUGCAGGGGAUUCUGAAAUUGAUGAACUUUUUAAAAUCUUUAAAAUUCUAGGAACACCCAAUGAAGAUGUAUGGCCCGAUGUUAUAAGUUUUCCUGACUACAAGACGAACUUCCCUCAAUGGAGACCGCAAUUACUGAGCGAUUUUGUUCCGGGGAUGGGGCCGCUUGCCAUUGAUUUGCUUUCGAAAAUGCUGGUUUAUGAUCCAACUUAUCGAAUCUCUGCAAAGCGAGCUCGAGCUCACCCAUAUUUUAAUAACAAUCAUUAUUAG